GCCAGGAGGAGCUGCCCGUCAUUCCCUCUAGUGGGCGGCCCCCCACGCCGCUCUCUUUCCCUCCCUCCCUCCUUCCUUCCCUCCCAUCUCAGCCUGCCUCUUCAAUCUGGCACUUCAGACAGCCGAGCCUGACAGUGGGCAGCAGCCAGGAGUUGGAGAAGCCCCCAGCCCGGCUCGGAUCCCCAGGCAAGGCGAAGCCAAGCAAGGCGGACAAAGAAAAUUCAAGAGUAUUCAUUAGCGAAGAAGAAAAGAAAAAUGUGUCUGCUAGGAAACUGAUUCGAUUGUUGAUGGUUUCUUUUGAACAUAAUCAUGCGGAGGUGUAUUCUCUUUUCGAGAUGACUUUGCUCCCUGAAUUUCCUUGAGUCAACUUCUGACGAAUAAGUGUCCCUUUUUAUACCCUGGACCGUGUGGGAGCGAAGGGUCCGUGGAGGGCACAAUGUCCUUCUUGCCACUCUAUGCCCUGCUGAUGCUACUCCUGCAAGCAGCAACAUUUGACCCCCACCCUUGCCCGCCCCAGUGCGUCUGUGAGACCCGGCCAUGGUUCACCCCACAGUCUGUCUACCAUGAGGCCCGCACAGUGGACUGCAAUGACCUCCUCCUGACCCAAGUGCCAAGCAAUCUCUCCUCAGACACCCAGGUACUUCUUCUGCAGAGCAAUAAGAUCUCCCAGGUCAAUGGGGAACUCCAGCACUUGUCCAACCUGACUGAACUCGACUUGUCCCAGAACCACUUCUCCAGGAUCAGCGAUGCUGGACUAGCCAACCUCUCACGUCUCAUUACACUUUACUUAGAGGAGAACCAAGUGGAGGAACUUCCAGAUCACUGCUUGAGUGACCUGGCAUCACUUGAAGAACUGUACAUAAACCACAACCGCAUCUCCACCAUUCAACCAUUGGCCUUCACUGGCCUGACCAGUCUGCUCCGGCUGCACCUAAAUGCCAAUCGCCUCCGUGCCAUUGACCACCGUUGGUUUAUCUCCCUCCCUAACUUGGAGAUCCUGAUGAUUGGUGAGAAUCCUAUCUCCCGACUUACCGGUGGGAGUUUCCAUCCACUGGGGCGACUUCACAGCCUGGUCUUGGCUGGGAUGGAGCUCUGUGAAGUCCCUGCUGAUGCCUUCCGAGGCCUGGACUACUUGGAGAGUUUAUCCUUUUAUGACAACCACCUUCCCCAUGUCCCCACGCAAGCUCUGAAGGGCCUCCCUCUGUUGAAGUUCCUGGACCUCAAUAAGAACCCCAUUGCAGAAGUCCGGGCAGGAGAUUUCAAGGAUAUGCUGCACCUAGAAGAGCUGAGCCUCAAUGGCAUGGAGGAGCUCUCUGGCAUCCACAAAAGUGCUUUUGAGAACCUUCCAGAGUUGGCCAAACUUGAGCUGUGCAACAACCCACAUCUCUCCUACUUACACCCGGAGGCCUUUCAGGGGGUGCCAGCUCUUCGCACUCUGCUAAUGAGUAAUGCAGCCCUCAGUCUUCUCCCUCUCGGCUUGAUAGGAACCUUGCCAGCUUUGGCUGAACUCAAUCUGUAUGGAAACCCACUGCGCUGUGAUUGCCUGAAAGCUUGGGAGCCAAUAGCCAUGAGUCAUAUUCGAUUGAUUGAGUCUCAAACCACUCUUUGCGCCUCUCCCCCAGAAGCUGCUGGGCAAGAGCUCCAAGAAGCAUUUAAGAGUGCCAUGGGAGGGACCUGCCUGCCAGAGAUUACCUCCAAGGAUCUCCCAGAACGGCUGGAGGUAUCAUCUGGCUCAACAGUAGCUCUUGAUUGCCAGGCCAGCUCAGAGCCGCCACCACAAUUCCACUGGAUAUCCCCGUCUGGAGAAAAGUUGACCACAGGGUCUGGAAGAUUGCAUCUCAGGGCUGGAGGAACCCUGGAGAUCAGCACAGUCAACUCAGCAGACUCAGGUAUCUACACUUGUGUGGCAAGGAAUAACUUUGGUUCAACUAGUCGUAGUGUGGCUCUUGCCGUGAUUGGUGAAAGGAAUGUCAGCCCUGUCAAGCUGCUUGUCCUUGCUAAGAAGAUCCAGUCUCACUUUGUGGUGGUGGAAUGGAUGACAUCCUUCAUGGAAGGGCAGAAGAAUGAGAGAGGCAGUGACUCAGCCACAGCCCAUCCACUGGCUACACCAGUGUGGUCGUCAGCCACCAUGCGAAUCCACAACCCCCACCUGAGCUACACGGCACGGGUCCCUGUGGGUAUCCGGGAAUUCAACCUCACGCACUUGCAACCUGCCACCCGUUAUGAAAUCUGCCUUACUGUCAUGUCCUCUGUCCCCAAGUCCUCAGCUGCUGGUGGUUACACAGACCUCUCUACAUCUGUAGAAACAUCUGCUAGGACUUCGACAUCUGUGAGUUCGCUGGAAGUGGGCUUAACAACCACAGAGGUGUCUGUGUCUUCUGCAAGUCCCUUAGGCACCUCCAGAGGUCCUCCAGCCUUGCUUAUGGCUCAUCUCUUGGCAACAGUGGUCUCUUCCUCCACUUCCAAAGCUUCCUCGGCACCCUCUACCAGUCCCUGGCCAACCACAACCACUGCACCACCUGUCUGGCAGCUGCCCCGCAUGCAACGCUCCUGCCUCAAUGUCACCACCAAGGAGGCCUCGCUCUCUGUUGAACUGGUGGGAGGCUGGGCAGGAGGAGCAGCCCUGGCAGCUGUCACCGGCUCCUUGUUAGCAGCUCUGAGUGCUGUGCUCCUGCUCCUCUGUGCCUCGCGGAGGCUUAAGGAAAAAGGCUGUCGCCAUUCACUCAAGAAGUACAUGCAGCACGCAGCAGCCAUUCCCCUCAAUGAGGUCUACCCGCCACUGAUCAGCUUGUGGGACGCGGAGGGGGACCCACCUCUGCCAAUGGCUCCGUUGACACAACUGGCCCCAUCCACCCUUCCAAUUGCUCCACUUCCGCCUGCCACCACUUCCACAGUGGGAGGACCCAGUCUUCUUCUGCCACCCCCUCCCAGCCAGAUUGACACUUCCAAGACCUAUCUGUGGCAACAGCCGUGAAUUCGGCAGGGCAGCCACACACAGCUCUUCUUCCAUCCCUGGACAGGAAAGCCUUCGCUCCCCACAGAUUUUUUAAGGGUAUAAAGAGUGGGUUUUCCAGGUCUUCCCAAAUCUAUGUACUACUUGCCUCCUACCUUUUCUCCUUGCACUCUAUCUCUCACAUACACACACACACCGCAACUCUAUGCCCUACUGGUAGGCAGUACCAGGAACCUGGUAUGUAGGUUGGGGUGUUUUCUUUUUUUAAUCCAAGGUCUCACUGUGUAGUUGUAGCCAAAUAUAGGGAGGGGAGGGUCAGGCAGAGGAUGACCGGGGCCCCUGGGACAGUGUAGCCCCUGGGGGGCAGGAAACAGAAACAAUUUUGAAUAAAGUUCUAGAGUUGGACAACA